GUGCUUUCCGGUGUCCCAGCCAGAGCGGAGCUCAGAUUGGGGAGUUGAUAGUUUUGUGCUGACGGCUAACAUUAAUAUCAUUACUAUGCAGCCAAGUCACGGCCGGGGAAACUGAGGAGACUUGGUCUGGCUAUGAGUUGCUACAUGAUUGGUCAUAUUCCUAACUUUAUUGUUAAAUGAUUAAAACCGCAUAACUUAAUUCACCUUGCCCAGACCGCCCUCCUUUGCUAGCUUAACUAGUUAACUUAGCAAACGAAUCUCUACCGGGAGUGUUAGCUAAGGCUGACUAGCUCAUUCCGCAGCUAACUUAAAAUGACGUGCAGGACACCUCAAGUGUUUCAAUGGCGCUAUCAGGAAGUACCACUAGCACCCAUACCCCGAACUCAACAGGUGGUGGUUCAUGGGAGAUCAGUGACAAGGCCAAGCUUUGUCGCUUCCUCUGCUAUGGCUCAGAGGGAGCCUUGUACAGUACCAGAGAGAAUGGUCACAUCAGAGUGGAGAAGACUGGAGCCCUGCAGUCCAUGCUGCAGGAGAAACAAGGCGCUGAGGUGUUGGAGGAAAUAAAAAGGUUCGCUCAGGAUGGGCAAGCUGUCAGACUAGAGCCCUCCAUUUUUGCCUUGGCUUUGUGCUCCCAAAACCCAGAUGUGAACACCAAACAGGCAGCGUUCAAAGCCCUGAAGGAUGUUUGUCGUGAGCCUGCCCAUCUGUUUUCUUUCAUCAAGUACAAGAAGGAAUUAAAAGAGCACAUGAAAUGUGGGAUAUGGGGGCGUGCCCUGAGGAGAGCACUGUCUGACUGGUACAAUGAGCAAGAUGCCAUGAGUCUAGCUGCUGCAGUGACCAAAUGUAAGCAGAGAGAGGGCUGGUCACACCAGGAUCUGCUCAGACUCUCCCACACUAAACCAGCUAGAGAUGCUAUUGCCUUGAUCAGCAAAUAUGUAACAAAAGGGUGGAAAGAGGUCCAGGUUGCUCAUGAAAACAAAGAGAACGCCGAAGAGGUUAUCAGGGUGCUUUCAUAUCUUGAAGUGGUGGAAAAGGUAAAGCACAGUCGGGAUGAAACUGAGGUCGUCACUUUAAUAGAGGAACACAAGCUUGAGAGGGAACAGCUGCUGACCGAGCAUCUGAAGUUUAAACAGGUAUGGAGCGCUUUGUUGAAGGAAAUGCCUCUCCAUUCGGUGGUAAAGAUGUUAGGUAGGCUGACAUCUGGCAAAGUUCUUGAACCGGGAAGCUCAGAAACACAGUUUUUAUGUGACAGAAUUCAAAGUGAGACGGCACUAAAACAGGCAAAGAUCCACCCUUUCAGUAUACUUUUGGCUACAGAAAACUACAAAAAAGGCCAUGGCUAUCAGGGUAAACCGAAAUGGGAAGCAGACCGCAACAUCCUUAAAGCUAUGGACUCUGCCUUUUACAAGAGCUUUAUGAAUGUGGAGCCUGUGGGUAAAUGCUUUGUUGUGGCAGUAGAUAUGAGCGGGUCACCGAGCAGCAUUGUCCCAGGAACGUCGAUCAGCACUGCUGCUGCUGCAGCCGCUAUUGCCAUGAUUUUUGCAAGGACGGAGGCUGACACACAUGUGCUUGUCUACUCUGAAGAGGCUAUGGUACCAUUCUCUAUUUCUGCUGAUAUGACUCUCAAAGAAGCAACUGAUGAACUGGUUAAGAGCACGAGAGAAAGGGGUGCACAGCCAUCAGGUAGUGCCUUUAUGUUGCAGUUCCAGAGUGAGAGCAGAGACUGCACCGUUCCCAUUCAAUGGGCCACGGAGAACAGGAAAGCUGUAGAUGUGUUCGUCACUUUGAGCAACAACCCACUGUGGACGCUUACUGCCAGCCUGGUGGAGUCUCUGAAGAAGCACAGAGAAACAUCAGGAGCUAAUUCGAAGCUGGUGAUGUGUAACCUGACUAACAUUGGAAUUGCCAUCCCAGACACAGAAGACCGGGGUUUGCUGACCAUCUCUGGCUUCGACCUUGGAGCUUUUAGUGUCAUUCGUAAUUUGGCCCAAGAUCUGAUCUGAUAAGAUUUCUGGGACUUUUCUUGAGAAAUGUAAUG